CACGGGGCUCUCUGACUACAUGCUCUCGUUAGUUUGCCUGUUUUAUCGCUACAGCUAACUAGGUCACAAGCUAGCUGAAGUUUGCUGAUGAACAUCGCUGCGGGGUUGACAUUUUCUUCUUGCCCCUGACAUCAUUGUUCCACUUAGAAAGUCAGCGUUUUUACUCAACUGGGCUCAUGUUCACUUUGAGAAACGAACCAAACUAAACCCGAGUAAACUAACAGUGGUAGAGUUACUUCAGCGCUUCGCCCUCGAUGUUGACUAGUUUAAAGUUAGCUAAGUCAGCUAGCUGUGUGCGCUGCUAGGCUCUUAACAACUGUUAUUGUGUUUUUUACCUCGGGAGUGUCGAGUUUCAGUCAGACAGUGGAGCUAACCUCACUCUCGCUUUCUUCAGAUUGUUGGGCUCGGUUCACCUCUCUGCAGCCAUGCCUUUUCCCUUUGGUAAGUCUCAGAAGAGUCCCGCAGAAAACGUGAGGAGUUUGAAGGAGAAUGUGGCGUACUUGGAGAAACUGGACCCUGGAGACAGCAAAAAGUGUGAGAAGGUUGCAGAUGAGGUGUCUAAAAGCCUGGCCUCGCUGAAGGAGGUGCUCUGUGGAACAGGUGACAAGGAGCCUCACACUGAAGCUGUGGCUCAGCUCGCACAGGAGCUGUACAACACCGACCUCCUCAUCACCCUCAUUGCCAACCUGCAUAGGAUUGACUUUGAGAGGAAGAAGGAUGUGGUUAAUUUGUUCAGCAAUAUUGUCAGACGUCAGAUUGGCACUCGCACACCCACGGUAGAGUACAUCUCUACACACCCACAGAUCCUCUUCAUGCUUCUUAAAGGAUACGAGAGUGCCGAGGUGGCUCUGAAUUGUGGAAUGAUGCUGAGGGAGUGCCUGCGUCACGAGCCUUUGGCCCGGACGGUUCUCCUCUCUGAAGACUUUUACUGCUUCUUCCAUUACGUCGAUCUCUCCACCUUUGACAUUGCCUCAGACGCUUUCGCCUCAUUCAAGGAUCUCCUCACUAGACACAAGAUUAUGUGCGCAGAUUUUCUGGAGAACCAAUAUGACAGGGUGUUUACAGAGUACGAGAAACUCCUGCAUUCCGAAAACUAUGUCACCAAACGACAGUCUUUGAAGCUCCUCGGGGAACUUCUCCUGGAUCGACACAACUUCACUGUCAUGACAAAGUACAUCAGUCGGGCAGAGAACUUGAAGCUGAUGAUGAACUUGUUAAGAGACAACAGCCGAAACAUCCAGUUUGAAGCGUUCCAUGUCUUCAAGGUAUUCGUUGCAAACCCCAACAAGACUCAGCCCGUGCUGGACAUACUGCUGAAGAACCAGACCAAACUGGUGGAGUUCCUGAGCCACUUCCAGACGGACAGAUCCGAAGACGAGCAGUUCUGCGGCGAGAAGAACUAUCUGAUUAAGCAGAUCCGGGACCUGAAGAGGCCCACAGCGCCGGAGGAAGCAUAAAAAGCUGUGUUGACGACUGCUCGGCCAGGUGGUAGAUUGUAGAGGUAGUGGCUGGAGCUGCAGAGAGGCUGAGUGAGAGACAUGCUUCAUUAAGAUUUAAUAUUAACUACAAAAUAUAGGAAAAAAAGAGUACAGAUUACUUCCUUCACUUUCUGUUUUUUUAGUGUGGAUAUGGAGGUGAUUUCCAUCCAGAUACCUGAGUGGGCCAAGAACUGUUAUUUAAACCAUAGUGUUUUCUCUUUCGUCAUAAUGCAUUUAAUCCGUUUUAGUAUCCUUGGACCUUAAACUGUUGCCCUUCCACAUACACUGUUGCUGGCAGAGACUUUAGAAUGACAGAAACGUCACCCCAUGCACAACCAACAUCAGCUCCGAGGUUUUCUUUAGUCUUUUCAUCUUCAGAAACUUUAUUUUAGAGAUUGAGGUAAAUAUAUUAUUUUUCUAAUGUGUCUUCAUGGUAAACAGUUUCAAACAUAGAGUAACUCUCUUCUCUCUGGACAUUGCUUAGCCUCACUAAUCACAGCGGUUUGAUUUGUUGCCUUAUUGUGAAGCUGUUGUGUUGCACAGGGACCUAAAUUAUCUUUCACAUGUGGAUCAUAUUGGCCAGGUCAACACACAGUGAUUUUUUUUUUCGGGGGGGGUGAGAAUUGUGUAUUUCUUUGGCCUUUGGUCGCAUGUGUAAGGUUGCAAAAGUUUGAAAUGAUCCAGCUGUGCUGUACUUGCCAAUGCGUUAGAUGGAACAGGAAGAGAAAAUCAAAACCAUAGAGGAAUCAAUUUAUUGUGCUGCGUUUUUGUUUUUUUAAAGCUGUGUUCACUGAUGCUUGCAUGACUGAAAUAGAAGCACAGCAUCAGAUUAUGCUGCAGGGUAGUAGACAUCCAUUCAGCGCUAACAUGUACAGCCAGGAUAUACAAAUUGAUCUCACUCAGAGCACUCCAUUUCAUCCUCACAUGCUGAGCACAGAUAGCAAUAACUCAUUUGAAAUAAUGAUGUAAGAAAUAAUUCAUUCAUGUCUCUUGAAACUACUUUCCAUUACGGUAUAAGCACUGCUUAAAACAAGAAAUAAUAUCGCAGAGGCGUUGCAUAUUGGAUGCAUCAUACGUAUGUUACAUUGUAAAUCUAUCAUGUUCAUAUCGGAGCAUGAUAUUUAAAAUUAGUCAACCUGUGAGACUUUGUACUAACUUUGGUUGAAGUUUAUUUUUCUUGAUUAAUUUAACAGAUUUUCUUUGACUAGACGACUGAGUGGACUGUAGGAAAUGGUUUCAUUUAAAAGAAAAAUUUGGCUAAAACGUAAAGUCUCAUAUCUCCCCCGUUAUUCAGUGUAACUCCAUCUCUCCAACCAUUAUCUACACUACUGAUCUCAGCUGUCAUUGAGCGAGAGGCGGGAUACACCCUGGACAGAUCACCAUUGUAUCCUAACCAUUUGCCUCUCUUUUUCCCCCGGUGCGUCAUGUUUGACAUCACAAAGACACUGACAGCUGAGGCGUAUUCACCCAGGAGUCUCGUUUCCAUCAAUGCUGUUUGAAGCCGGAGCUGAUAAAAACCUGUCAACUGCAGAGUCAUUUCACCCGGGAGUGAAAGCUGAUUAUAUCUAUUCUCAUUGCAGGAAAAAGCCUGAUGUAAGUGGCGUUUGUGGGUUUUUAGACCAGUGGAAAGGGGCCUGUAGAGGCAAACAACCAUUCAGGCCCACAUUCACAGCUACAGGCAAUUUUUCUAAUUAAUUAAUCUAAUUCCUAAUCUACAUGUCUUUGGACUGUGGGAGGAGCCGGAGUACCCGGAGAAAACCCACACAAGCGCGGGAAUAACCCGCACAGUCCACACAGAAAGACUCCCGCUGGCCAUCAGGUUCAAACCCAGAAGCUUCUUGCUGUGACCGCUCUAAACACUGCACCAGCGUGUCGCCCCCACUUUAACACCAAAGAGCACAAAAAGAAAAGAGGGUGGCAGAUGCUGAAACACAUACAUAAUUUGAAUUACCAUGUCCUUUUCUGAUAUGAUUGUAAUGACACAUUGACAGAGAAAACACUGUAACAUAACUGUGAUGCAUCGGAGAGCACUUUCCUGUCAGAAGUUACCACAUUGUCGAAAAUAACCACAUGCACUGUUAAAACAUGAAUGAGUUUGUUUUUGGAUGAUGAGCACUGAGGUCCUCACCAGAUCAGUUCUACUUUUUAAAAAGACUCCUUGAUAUAGUUGCCUUACUUCUGCUGUUGUUACUAAAGUGGCAUAUUAGGGAUUUGGAGACGUGUUGUCUGUGCACAGGUUUUCUAGUACAUACCUCAUGGGAUUUGAGUUUGCAAAUGCUGUGUUCUCUGUUCUUUCCUUCCUAGACGGGAUAUUUUAUUUGACAUUUAAAAAAACAACACAACAGUGGGUUGUAUGCAUGCCUAAACUUGAUAUAUAUACAUAUGUGUGUGUGUUAAAACUUGAACAGGGACUGCAACCUGGUUUUCACAAUGGAAAACUAGAUUUUUAAAAAUACUUAAAUAUUUCAUUGGUUGGUGCCACACAAAACGUUAAUUCAUAAUGAAUUGCAGUGUGGUACCUUGUAAUGAAUGUUGCCUUAUUUAAAGACAUGUAAUGGGUCGUAAUGAUCAUGUAAAAUUCCAGAACUCUUCAAUUUGCUUUUGUUUUUUUCAACCCAAAGUCGACAAAAAAAGUACAUUUCAAGUCCCGCAUUUAUGACCAGUUAAUUUCUCAGAUCCACCGAGACACUUUUAAUGCGAUUCUGUGGGUGGAAAUGCAUUUUUCAUAGAAAUUAGUAUGGCUGCACUCAAAAAAGAUUUUCUGCUGUGAUUAAGUUGCUUAUUAAAAACUGCACCAGAGAGUCAGAUCCUUUUCAAGAUUCAGAAAAUAAGUAGAGAAGUGUGAUAUGAUUGUGGUACAUUAUUCAUAAAUACGACUGAAGUCCUGCUCACUGUGCACGGUCAUGUCACCAGUUAAUGAAAGAAAGUUUGAAAGUGUGUUUGAGUUUCUAAUAAUAUCCUGAUUUGAGGCUUUGCUCUGUAAUAAAAUCAAUAUUAUCAGGCUGAUGUUUUACUAAAUUUUCAACAUUAAUACUAAUGGGUGUAGAUAUUCAGUCAAACUUCCUUGAAAUGUGAGUUCAGACGUGCCGUGCACUUUGUGAAGGACGUGCUAUACACAGACAUCCCACCAGAGGGAGCAGUUGGCAACAAUUGGCACAUUGCAUUAAUUGUACAAACAAAGUAUUUCAUGUUUUCUUUAACCCUACCUCUAAUUAUGAGUAUAUAUAAAUCACUGACAAUAUUAUAUAGACAUCAACACAAAUCCCUUAAGAUCAAUAUUAUGUAUUUGAUGAUUUAAAUUUCUCUGUUUAAAAUAUUUGUUGUGCUUUAUUUUAUCCUAUUGCCUUAUUUUCCCCCCUUGUCUUUUUCCACACUCUGGAUAUAUUCUCUUUAUUUACCAUGGGAGUGAAUUAUGUGUACAUAACUUUAUAAAGGGUAAAAUUGUGAAAGCAAUAAACUUUGUGGCAAUUGA